GCGGCCAGUCUUCUGCAGCCAGGCGGGGCCGCGCUACCGUGGAUGAAUACAAUGGAGACCUUCCCUGCUGUAGCUUGGCUGCGUCUGUCUUUCCUUUCGACCUGUCUCUACAUGAAGCCAGCACUGAAUUUGCUUCUUCGUGGCUGUGGGCUGGGGGAGAGCGGCCGCAGCCCCUUCCCCAGGAGAAUGCCCCCCCUGACGCUGGGGCUCUGGUUCUGCCUGCUGGGAGCGGCGGGAGCUGCGGGUCCAGUGGUGCAGCACAGCUGGGACAUCCUGUUCACAGGGGUUCAGGGCUCCAAGGGGAUCCCCAACUUCUUUGUGCUCGGGCAGGUGGACGGUCUGGGGGUGGCCUAUUAUGACAGCACCACCCUGGAGCUGAGCCCCACCCGGGACUGGAUGCGCCGGGCCGUAGAGCCCGGCUAUUUCCGGAGCAAGACACAGGAGCUGCUGGGGUACAAGGAAGGGUUCCAGCGCAUCAUGGGCCGGCUGCUGGAGCGCUACAACCAGACAGGCGGGGUGCACACGCUGCAGCUGCGGGUGGGCUGCUCCCUGUGGGAUGAUUCCCCCCAAGCCGGGGUGCUGCAAUAUGCCUACGACAGCCAGGACUUCAUCGGCUUUGACGGGCAGCGGGGGCUGUGGGUGGCGGCCGUGCAGCCAGCUGUGCUGUCCAAGCAGCGCUGGGAGGCCGACCGGCCCUGGUGCCAGUUCCUGCAGCACUACCUGCAGCAGGAGUGUGUGGAGACGCUGAGGAGCCUCGUCCAGCAUGGCAGGGAGACCCUGGGGCGCCAGCUGCCCCCUGAGGUCUCGGUUUCCUGCAGAGAUGCCCCCGACGGCUCCGUCACCCUCUCCUGCCAUGCCAGGGGCUUUUACCCACGUCCCAUCCACAUCUCCUGGGUGCGGGAUGAAGAAGACAUCCUGGCAGAGACAGAAUCCAGCGGGAUCCUGCCCAAUGCCGACAGCACCUACUACACGCAGUCAUCCCUGGAGAUCUCCGUGCAGCAGGAUAGGCACCGCUAUGCCUGCCAGGUGGAGCACACCAGCCUGCCGGAGCCCACACUUAUCUGGGUCCCUGGUAAGAAGGGGCCCCUGUCCCCUGGGGUCCUGGUCUCCCUCGUUCUGGCCAUGCUGGCUGGGGCCGGUGUCGCAGUAGCCAGUGUUAUCAUGUGGAGGAGAAAUCACCCAGGCCCCGUCAGACCCAGAUACACCCCAACUGCCUCAGCAGCUGCAGAGCAUGCUGGUCCCAGUGCCGCAUCAUGACGGAAGGGGCCCUGUUCCCACGGAUACCCCAGCGUGAGACCCUGGCGCUCAGCACAGAGUGACUCUUCCCCAGCUACACACCCUGCCAGCCCUGAGAUCCCGACCCCCAUGAUCCCCCCGCCCAGGGCGCCGGGCUCCGCUAGCAUCUUGCUCAUGCGUGAUAGUGACGGAGACUUGGCGGCAUUGGGAGCUCUUCGUGACAAGGGGCAUCGGGGACCGUCUGUUACAGGGAUUGGGGGGCAGGGGCUGUGUUACAGGGAUUUGGGGGUGUUGAGAGCUGUGUGUUACAGGGAUUUGGGGGUGUCAGUGGCUAUUUGUUACAGGGAUUUAGGCUCAAACACCUUGAGGCUUCUGUUUCUGAGUCUCACAGGUUUUUGUGUCUCAUCUCCCUGCCCAGCUGCCGUGGGGCCCUUUCCCAGGCUGAUGCCCUGCCUGGGCUUUGCCCCGGUGUCCUACACUGAGAUCCCAGCUGUGUUUCCCCUGCACCCACUCAUGGAGCUAAUUCACUCCCUGACUUCACGGAGUGUUUUUGCACAGAUGGUGCUCGGGUUUGUCUUUUACUAUUUAAAACAGUGGUCCCUAAAGGCCCUAGCGGAGAUCAUGGGCCCAUCGUGCUGGGCGCUGCCCAGACCACAACUGAGAUCAGGCCCUGUUGUGCUGGGUGCUGCCCAGACCCCGACCGAGAUCAGGGCCCCAUCAUGCCCAGACCUACAGUGACAGACAGACCCUGCCCCAAACAGCUCACCAAAUAAACAGUGCAGGCAGUUUAAGGACCCGUCCCUUGUGUCCCAGACCCCUGUACUCUGGCUCAGCAUUGCUCUGAGCUGCAGGGCCUGGUUCCCCUCUCACGCAGCCAAGCCUCUCCGCACCCAGCUCCCCUCUCCCCAGUGCUGUACCUGCCGAUUCUUCCUGGGGGCAGCAAGCAGGAAUUAGCCCCCAAACCCUCGUCCCAGUCAGAGGUGGGUUCUGGCUCUGCUCCCUGCUGGUGUCCACCUCCCAUGGAUCGCCCCAGCUCCACUUCGUCAGGAUGGGUGCGCACGGCGCAUCCCGCCUCACUGCCUGGUGAACUCAGGGACCAGACACAGCUACUGCUAGUAAUGGUCACGUGUGGAUCCAGCCAGCUGCAGCCCCCUCUUGCUGGGCCGGUCCCAGAGAGCACUGGGGUCACAUUACUGUAGGACACACCAUAAAGAGAUGGUAAAUCUCAAUGCUGAUUUGGAGCAGCCCCCAGGCGCUGGGGAGCCCCCACUGCUUCCCCGGCCCGCAGAGAGUGGGGUUCCCGGCUGUAGCUGGUACCAGUUACUGGUUGCAGUGUAAGAUGAACCAAGGCCUCGGCAUGCUCUCAGUGUGGUGAGUCAUGUCGAUAACCUGCUGUCCCUACCGUGGUGGUAACUGUCGGUCUCUCCUGGUGCGCGUUAAUUCCGUGUGCUGAGCGGUCUGUGCCCCGGUUCCCGGCUGUGCCGCUCUGAGCACAUCCCCUGACACCGAGCGUGGCCGCCCAUGGGCUCCUCCCUUCCACCAGCCGAUGUUGGGCUGGGAAAAGCUCUGACCUCCCCCCGGCAUGUCCCUCUCCUGUCCUGGGACCAGCUCCAGCAAUGGUGCAUCGACUGCCAGGAAAACCCUCUUCAACUUCAUAGACCCCCUGAGAUGCAACUGCCCCUUUGCCGCCCUCUGCCAACAGGGCAGGGCAAUGGCUGUGCCAGGUCAGACUCAGGAGCUCAUCUACCCCGAUGUCCCCCCCACCUGCCCUGGAACAGACCAUGGGCCCAUCCAGUCUGAUACACACACACCCCCACCUCCACCCCCCAGACACACACUAGACAAUGGGUCCGUCUCAGUCAGUCUCCCCCCUCUGCUGCCCCGAGAAGCUGCAUUGGGGCUUGGCCCCUAUGAAUGCCCCCCACUGACCUGCCCAAGUGGGGUGAGGUCCUAGAUGGGGGAGGCUCCCCUUAGCCUGGCUUCCCAGACUAGGAGAGACCGGCCCAGGGCAGGGUCCGAUACCCACCGAUAUCAAUGUUGCCCACAGUGACUGUACUGCAGCACGGGGCAAAAUGCACAGGGCCCAGAGCCCCCCCCAAGCGGAGGAGACUAACCAUAAAUAGUUCCCAGAAAUGAUGUAACCAGCCGAAUGUCUUGUAAAGUCCAAAAAAACAGGGGUUGGGUCAUUGUUAUCCACAGGGGCUGGGAGCCAGGACUCCUGAGUUCUUUCCUGGCUCUGGGAAGGGAGUGGGGUCUAGAAGCUGGGAGCCAGGAUGCCUAGAUUUUGUUCCCACCUUUGCUGUUUUCACAUAGCAUAUCAGUCACUUUCCUCUUUGUGCCUCUCCUCAUCCAUGAAGUGGGGGCAGUAAUGCUCUAGAAGCGCUGGGGAUUAUUGUGUCAUCACUCACUGCAAGGGGGGCGGGGCUGUGGUGUUUAAUUAAUUCAAUUAAUAAAGUGCUUGAAGUUCCCAGCAUGA